UACUCCUUGAUUCGUCGAGCUCAGUGGUCUACCCCUGUCUCACCUGUUCUUCGUUUCACUUUAUUUCACUUCGCUUUUAUAUGCUUUUACAGGAAGCGCGAGAAAUGGCCUGUUCCGCUGUACGGUCGCCCGUUCUUCGUAAUUCUACGAUAAGGCAUUAUGCGGCUGCUGCAGCUGCUCAAUGUUCCAGUGUUACGACCCCAGAGCUUCAGGUAUUGCCGAGUAAUAGGGUGACAGUUGCUGCGCUUGAUAACACUAAUCCUGUUGCUCAAGUAUCAAUCAUCUUUAGAGCUAGCUCGCGCAACGAGACGUAUGAUACACAAGGUACAGUGCAUCAUAUUCGAAUCGCUGCUGGUCUAAGCACUUGUAGAUCAAGUUACUUUGGAAUAACGAGAAAUAUCCAACAACUCGGUGGAAACUUAACUGCUACCACUGAUCGUGAAAGCAUCGCAUAUACGUUACAAAUUACGAGAAAUCAUUUAGACAAAGCUUUGAUUUUCCUAGAGGAUGUUACCACACAGCAAGUGUUCAAGCCAUGGGAAAUAUCUGAUCAACUACCCAGGUUGCGCUAUGAAUUAUCCAUGAUACCGGAGACAAUCCGUAUAAUGGAAUUGUUGCACAAGGCAGCUUAUCGUACUGGACUAGGUUAUUCUCUAUACUCUCCAAAGAGACAACUUGGAAAAAUCAAUACAGAAACUCUACAACAUUUUGUCAAUACUUGGUUUACUGGCUCGAGAUGCGCGGUUGUAGCAACGGGCAUGUCACUGUCAGAUGCGACACAAUUUGCUUCGAAUCUGAAGGUAGGCUCGGAAGAUAAUAUUACGGAAAUUGCCAAAUAUCAUGGAGGAGAACUUCGCAAGGAGCGAUCCUCCGAAUUGUCCACUGUAGCUGUAGCCGUUGAAGCAGCAGGUUUAAACAAAGAGAAAGAUGCUCUUGCUUACUCUGUGUUGCAAAGAGCAAUCGGUUCUGGCCCCCGUGUAAAGUGGGGCUCCAGUGUGUCUCCACUAAACAAAGCAAUCUCUAGUGGAACGAACACCGACCAAUUUGCCCUUUCGGCAUUUAAUACUUCUUACAGUGAUUCUGGAUUGUUUGGUUUCGUUCUGUCUUCGGUACCCAACGUCGCUGGUUCCAUAACAAAAGCUGCUACCGAGUAUCUGAGAUCACCUAAGCUUUCCGACGCUGAUAUCGUGCGCGGUAAGACUACGUUGAAAGCGGAAAUAUUAUAUACUGUAGAUAAUGAUGCCAUGUACUUGGAAAAUAUGGGGCAGCAAGCAAUUAUUAAAGGACGCGUGUACAAACCAUCCGAUCUCGUUGCAGAAGUAGACAAACUGACUACAGCUGAAGUCAAAUCGGUUGCUGGAAAACUUGCGAGCGGAAAAUUAUCCAUGGCUGCAAUCGGCAACUUGUGCACAGUUCCAUAUGUCGAUGAAUUGAAGUAGACACAUAAUAAUGAAAAUCUAGAUAGUAUCGUUUUGUGAACCUUCGAAUUUUAAAUAUUUUGUCCAGUUUAGAGAUAUAUAUAUAUAUAUAUAUAUACACGUUUAUCAGAAUAUAGAAUCUACUUUGC